CUAAAUUUAUAAAUAUAAAUUUACAAUUGGUUGAAAAUAUAUCUUGCAAUAAAAAAAAAAUAUAGCCAAUAGAAAACCAGUAAUUGCAAGGGGGUUGUAUGAUUUUGACAACAAUAAUUCUGAGCGAGCCUUCUCGUUUCACAUAAUGACACCAAAAUUGACUUGACACAAAAUUUGUCAAAAUACCGUAUAAACAUAAUUGCCUCUAUCUCCAUUGUUUCUUUUACGUUUUCUUCUGUCUUCCCCGGGUUUGUUUUAUCCAUUGUUUGGUAUAUUUUCGUGUAGAACAGUUAUAAGUUGAUCGUCACAUCGUCAGCACAGAGUGAGUGAGUAAAAUAGUAUCAUCGCUCUAGUAGUCUUGACCUUAUGCCAUCAGACUCUCGAUGUUUUAUGUUGUGUAACGACGCCAAAAGUCUAGGAAGAACGAUGCCAAGUUUUAUAUCAACAACCUCGGACCUAGAAUAAAUAAGUUUUUCAUACACGUAUGGUCACAAGAAAUCGUGUACAGGUGCACUAUACGAAACAAUAGUCGACAAACGGCACAUCUGUACAAAUAGAAACCUGAUAAUAAAUAAUCUCGUAUAAUGAGAACCUCAUAGCAAUUAAUUGUGAAGUGCACAUGAAGAAUAAUUCUCAAUGUUAUAAUUGAUGGUAAGAUGAGUGAGGAGCUGCAGGAUGACGGGAGCAGGAACAGCGCGUCGCUCGACGAGUCGGACGCGUCGGGGGCAGAGUGCGCUACGCUCGAUGCGUCCACUAACAUCUCACAGACCACAAUCAGCCAGAUGACAGCAAGCUCUGUGACCGCCACGGAGGGUGCCAAGUGGUGCUGUCAUGUUUGCACUUACGAAAACUUCCCUCUCUCACGAAAGUGUACCAUGUGCCGCAGUCCCAAAUCCGUGGUCAACGAAGAUAUCUUCAGGCUGCAAGACGGUGCCAGUGCUUUACCCACCCAAGAAAUCUGUGGUGCGGAGGCAGUGACGGAGCGCCUGAAGCCGCUGCGGAUAUCUUCCCCGCAGGGCGCCAGCGCAUCCUCCGUCGCCAAGUGGUCAUGUCCGACGUGCACGUACGACAACUGGCCGCGCUCGCUCAAGUGCGCCAUGUGCGGCAGUAGUAACCCGGCCGCGCCCCCCGCGCCCGCGCCGCCCGCCUACACGCCGCAUCCCGCGCACCCUGCGCUCGGUAUCAACGACAUCUGCAACAGUCAGAGCGAGUCGAUCCACGAGCUGGAGCCGGGCGCGCGCCGCUCCAAGCGCCGCAACAACACCGACUGGCUGUGGCUGCAGGCCUGUCUGGGCGUGCUGGAGGGCGACGCGCGCUGCGUGGACGCCUACCUGGCGGCCGGCGGCGACCCGGCGCGCGCGCUGUCGGCCGCCGAGGUGGCGCUGCUGGACCGCGCCUCCGCCUUCGACGCCGGCCACACGCUCGUGCACCUCGCCAUCAGAUUCCAGCGACAAGAGAUUCUAUCGACGCUUCUGUCGCGGAUAUCAGGCGGCGGGCCCGGUCUCAAGAGAUCUCCUUCCUAUAUCGCGCCCGACAUAGCGUCGGCCAUCCGCCGCCACAUCGCCAGCACGGUGCGCUACAAGAAGGGAGGCUUCCCCGCGCGGUACAUCGGAGAGUUCUGCACGUUCUACCUGCCGGCCGAGAUAUCGGAGCUGCCGGCCGCCAUCCAGGAGCAGCUGUACUCGGAGCUGCUGGACCGCGAGGCGCAGGCCACGCUGGAGGGCGCGCGGCCGCCGCUGCUCAACUGGCGCGGCUCGCGCCUGUACGCGCUGUGGAACCGGUCCGCCGGCGACUGCCUGCCCGACGCGCUGUGCCAGGCGGCGUGGGGCGUGGCCGACCGCCACAACACGCUGCGCGCCGCGCUGGCCGACGCGCUGCAGCAGCGCGCCCUGUACGCGCGCUGGGCCGCCUGGGAGCGCGCGCAGGCGGCGCGGCUGCAGUACGCGCCCAGCGAGGCGCAGCUGCGCGCGGAGUGGGCGCGCCUGGCGGCGGCGGCGGCGCGGCCCGGCCAGGCGCUGCACCAGCUGCACGUCUGGGCGCUGGCGCACGUGCUGCGCCGGCCCAUCCUGGUCUACGGCGUCGACGUCGUCAACUCCUUCCGCGGCGAGGCGCUGGGCUACGCGCGCUUCCGCGGCCUGUACCUGCCGCUGCUGUGCGAGGCCGACGCCUGCAGCAAGAGCCCGCUGGGGCUGGCCUACACGCGCGGCCACUUCAGCGCGCUCGUGGCGCGCGCGCCGGCCCGCACCGACGGCGCCCCGCCGCGCCACGACGCCGCGCUGCCGCUCACCGACGCCGACGGCCAGCUCCUGCCCGUGCACUUCCUCAGCGCGGACGAGAUGUCGGACCCGGAGAGCGUGGUGCGGCGCUGGGUGUCGGCGGGCGAGUGGCGCGGCGUGCUGGCGGCGCGCCAGGCGCUGCCGCCGCGCCCGCUGCUGCAGGCGCAGCUGCUGGAGGAGUGGCUCAACCACUACCGCCGACUGGCGUACCGCGGGCCGGCGCCGCCGCGGCUGCAGGCGCCCGACUUCUCCAGCGACGCGGACGCGGACGCCGACACGGACGACGAGUAGCGCGGCCGGCGCCGCCGCGGCUGCAGGCGCCCGACUUCUCCAGCGACGCGGACGCGGACGCCGACACGGACGACGAGUAGCGCGGGCCGGCGCCGCCGCGGCUGCAGGCGCCCGACUUCUCCAGCGACGCGGACGCGGACGCCGACACGGACGACGAGUAGCGCGGCCGGCGCCGCCGCGGCUGCAGGCGCCCGACUUCUCCAGUGACGCGGACGCGGACGCCGACACGGACGACGAGUAGCGCGGGCCGGCGCCACGGUCCUACUUGAAUUUACUAUUUAGUAGCACUUAUUCGAUUGCAGUGAUAUAUUUUUGUAGUGAUUCGUCAUUUUUCUUUAUUCCGAUCUAGAUCUUAUUAUUGUAUUUAUAAAUUACGCAAAGUAAUAUUAUUAUAUACUGAGUCGCCAUAACGUUACCUUGUCGUCGUUAAAAUUGAACCGUUUGUUACUUGGCGCACCGAGAAUGUUACAAAUGUACUCGGAGCAGGUCGCCUCGAACGUGCCAGUAGCGAUGUUCUGUAACGGUAGCAAUGAACACGCAGUGCACGAUGGAACGUUAACAACACUACACAACAAUAUGUUCUGGAAGCUUCGAAUCUGUAACACUUAGUCGUAAGUAGUAUUUACUUAGUGUUCUUAACUUUCCAUCUCAUUCGCCACCAUUAAAAUCAUGUAUUGGAAUGAAAAUCUAAACGUUACGUUAUUACGUGUACUGUUCGAUUUCCUCACAAAAAGAAGGAGUAUUUGUAUUUCGAUUUGAUAUUAGUAAGCUUGUGUAUAUCCCUUGUAAUGUGAAAUCAUUGAUCGGGCGGGUGUCGAUUGUCGCUCACUAUGUUUUCCACAACGAUGUAAAAACUCGAAAUAUGUCACUCAAGACAAAAAAUACGAAUAAAAAUAAAUAAAGAGUCUAUUAAAUUAUCGACAUUGUACAGAGAGUAUAAGGUUCUAAUAUUUAUAUAUUACUGAUAGUAUCUCGGUUGUAAAUAAAAGAAAUUGGUAUAAAAGUAAUAAUUAUAAUAGAUGUAUAGUUUAUUUGCUUAGUGCAUACAAUAUUAUUUGUUCGGCUUGUCGGUUGGGAUCGGGAAAUUGCAGUCGAAUUUAGUGAACUCUGUGACCGAGCGUUGAAUGAGUUGUAAUAUAUUAAUAGAGAAACACAAUUGUAGUAUAUAUGUAUAGCAGAGUACUACUGUACUAUGGGGAAGCCACAAGGCAGCACAGUUAUUGUAACGGGAAUGGAAUCACUUGCCAGCACUCGGCGUUUGUUCGAGAAAAUUGUAAUAAUACAAUUACGUGCUAUGUAUAAAAGCUUGCAACUAAUAAGACUAUUUGAUCUAAUUCAUAAUUUUGUUCGGUUUUGCCCAAAAUCUGUAAAUAAAUUGAUAGGUACAAGUCUCGGUAACUAGGUACUUGAGCUAAUUUAGUUAACAGUCAAGUUACGAUACUUUUAAAAUUGUGUACCUAUACCUACCUACUUAAUAUUUUUUAAUCAAUAAAGCACUUAUUUUAUGAAGCUGUUCUA